ACCUUACGCUGUUCUUCCCCUUUCCUUCCGAAAUUAGGGCUUCCGUGUUUCGCAGUGCUCUCCUUCAAUCCCCAGGUAUCGAAACUCUGCUCAAUUCGAUGAUUCAUAUUGAAAUUUAGUGCUUUCACUGCUCGGAAUUACGAUUUUAUAUUGGUUCGAUGCAUCUGCGGUGAUGGUUUCCUUAGCUUCUGUCUUUCCGAUUUAUCGCUUCCUUGUCUCUGAAUUAACUAAAUGGCGUCUUCUUUGGGGCUUUUUUAUAGCUUGACAAUGCCUCGCUAUGAUGAUCGCUAUGGGAACACUCGUCUUUACGUUGGCCGAUUAUCAUCGAGAACUAGGACCCGAGACCUUGAACGUCUUUUUAGCAGAUACGGAAGGUCUCUGGGAUUUUGCCUAACCUGGAGGUGUUUGAUGAGUGGGUGGACUUGGUGGAAAUUCUCGCCAAGUGUUUAGGGGACAGGGCGCCUUGGCGAUUCUGUUUGUAGAAUUUUUUAAUGUGUUUUGAUGGAAAUGGAGACUCAGUCUCAAAAAUGGUGUUUAGAAGUACCUUAAAGUAAUGAUGGCCUUACUUUUCUGCCAACAAUUUCUUCCGCAGAGUGCGAGAUGUGGAUAUGAAGCGAGAUUAUGCUUUCGUUGUAAGUAAAAUCUCCUUUUAACCUGAGCUUUCGAUUUCUUGAAAAAGUCAUGUAGUACGUUUUUUAGUCGGAACCAAUGUAUAAUGUGGGAAAACACACCAUGCAUGUGGUCUCUUUUGUCCUCACAUUUUCGAAAUCAGGAAUUUGGUGAUCCCCGUGAUGCUGAUGAUGCAAGACAUUACCUGGACGGACGAGACUUUGAUGGAAGUCGCAUCACUGUGGAGUUUUCACGAGGGGCACCUCGUGGUUCUCGGGAUUUUGAUAGCAGAGGCCCACCACCUGGAGCUGGUCGCUGUUUUAACUGUGGUGUAGAUGGUCAUUGGGCUCGUGACUGCACAGCAGGGGACUGGAAGAACAAGUGUUACCGUUGUGGAGAGAGAGGACACAUUGAGAGAAACUGCAAAAACAGCCCCAAGAAGCUUAGGCGCAGUGGAAGCUACUCCAGGUCACCUGUAAGAUCCCGUUCUCCUCGUCGUAGAAGAAGCCCAAGCCGGAGUCUUAGCCGUAGCCGAAGCUACAGCCGAUCACGAUCCCCGGUGAGAAGAAGAGAGAGGAGUGUGGAGGAGAGAUCACGCAGUCCAAAGCGGAUGGAUGACUCUCUAUCGCCAAGAGCCAGAGAUCGUAGUCCGGUUCUUGAUGAUGAAGGCAGCCCAAAGAUCAUAGACGGGAGCCCACCACCAUCACCAAAGCUUCAAAAGGAAGUCGGAUCUGACCGUGACGGUGGUAGCCCCCAAGACAAUGGCAGAAACUCUGUUGUCAGUCCUGUUGUAGGAGCCGGUGGUGACAGUUCGAAAGAGGACCGGAGCCCUGUUGAUGAUGAUUACGAGCCAAACCGCACUUCCCCUAGAGGAAGUGAGUCUCCUUAA